GAAGGAUCCUGCAGCCAUCUCAGCAUCUUCCUGACCAGACACCAUGACUCCUCUCCUCACGCUUGGCGCCCUCAUCUUGCUGGCAUGUUGUGUGUCUACAGGGGCAGAAAGAAGAGUAGUCUGUGAAGGUCAACGGACAACCCUGAGCUGUGGGAGUUCUCCGAUCAAGGUGCUCCAUGCUAACUAUGGACGCACAGACAGGAGAGUCUGCAGCAGUCGUUGUCCAUACUGUCAGAUUGUCAAGACCAACUGCGUCAACAGGAGAACACUGCCUGUGGUGAAAAGCAGAUGCGAUGGAAGGACCAGCUGUUCUCUGGUUGCCUCCUGCUCUUUGUUUUCUGAUCCCUGUCAUGGAACCUACAAAUACCUGGAUGUGACCUACAUCUGCCUUCACCCAAAGCGCAUUGUGUCCUGUGAGGGGAGUGUCUCCAGGCUGAGAUGUGGCUGGGGCACCAUCCGGGUCCAGGGUGCGGCAUAUGGUCGCAGGUCUCGGAGCGUGUGCUCAUCCCGUCAGUCCUGGUCCAAGACCCGCAAUACCCGAUGCGCUCGCUCUGUCACCAGCAGCAUGGCUCGCAGAUGCAAUGGGAGGAAAGCAUGCAAUGUCAAGGCUGCUAACAACGUAUUUGGGGACCCCUGUCGUGGAACCUAUAAAUACCUGGAUGUUAAUUACACCUGUAGCUAGAUGAUUACAUGCUGAAUGAACUUCAUGACUGUGAUGCACCAAUGAAAGAAGAGGUGGUGUGUCAUUUAGGGCAGAGGAGAAAACCCUUCAUUAACUUCUCUUUCUCUCCUGUGUGAUUCAUGUGCUUUAAUGCGAUUCUACUAAUUCAUCCAUCUGCUUUCAGAUGAUCACUUGAUAUUAUAGUGUCAUUAUUCUCUACUAUUCUCUUUAUCUAGCUGGUGUCUUUAAUGCAGAGUUUCUCUUUGAUUAGGUUACAGAGAAAGCUCUGCUGCUAAUCAACCAAAUCCUGAAUGAAUGAUGCUUGAAUACUAAAAAUAAAUCAACAUGUUUAAAAGGCA